CCACAUCAGGGAGACGUAUCCUAAAUAAUUUAGUUAGAAAAACCAGGAGUCCCAACCCAGAGGAGCCAUCUGACCGAGAACAUGGGGAGGACUCCUUGCUGCGCUAAGGAAGGCUUGAACAGAGGAGCUUGGACUGCCCACGAGGACAAAAUCCUCACCGAUUACAUUAAAGCUCACGGCGAAGGAAGAUGGAGAAACCUCCCCAAACGAGCAGGUUUAAAGAGGUGUGGCAAGAGUUGCCGGCUUAGAUGGCUGAAUUAUCUCCGACCAGACAUUAAAAGAGGAAACAUCUCCGUGGACGAGGAAGAACUCAUCAUCAGACUGCACAAGUUGUUGGGAAACAGAUGGUCUUUAAUCGCUGGGAGAUUGCCAGGACGAACAGACAAUGAAAUAAAGAACUACUGGAACACAAACUUGGGGAAGAAGGUACAAGAUCUUAAAUCCCCUGCUUCAGCUGGUAAGAAAGAAUUGAAGAAGAAUGAGACCAGACCGCAGUCAACGGCCAUCUCGAAAGGGCAAUUGCAGAGGUUCGAGUCUAAGGUGGUCCGAACCAAGGCAAUCCGGUGCUCCAAGGUUUUCAUAAACCCACAACUACCGCCACUGAAAACAGAACCCAAUCCCGAGCAGAAUAACAGAGAAACUGCAGGGCCGUUCAAUAGAACGUUGGCGUCCCAUACAACCACUGAUGGGUUGUCGUCGUUGGCUGGAAACGACGACAAUCCGUCGGAUUUCUUGUUGGACUUCAGUGUCGAAGAGUUCUGCUUAUCGGAUCUUCUGAAUUCCGAUUUUUGUGACGUUGGUUAUAGCAACAAAAACAGCAACGAUUUAUCGCCGUCGUCGGAACACCCUGGGGUUUUCUCCGACGAAAUGCUGCAGAAUUGGACCACAGGUGAUCGCCUCCAGCCGAAUGUGUGCUCUAAUCUCCACUCAUUUUGUCCAUUUCUUGACUACGGAGGGGACUGGUUGUAGGAUAACUGAGCUAAUAAUGUGAAAAGGAAUAAUGGCUUAAGUUACGGAUGGUUUUUUUUUUUUCUUUUUUUUUUUUUAAGAAUAUUUUGGGUAUUGUUUGUACAGUAAUUAGAAUAACAUUUGUGUUGAGCC